GUUGCUCGCUGUCAGCGAGCGAAGAGCAGAGAAAACCCCGUCUUCUGGUACGCCGUGUGCGAAACCGAUAGCACAAUUGUUUGUGACGCUCCGAGGUUACAGGGGCUGGCUUCCUCCGAGGGGCGUGAGUGAGGGUGUGUGCGUGUGUAUGUAUAUGCGCGUGAACUGGAGUGCUUCACCGCCGUUCGCAUGAAGCGUCCUCCGCGCCCAAGACAGCCGAGAUUUGCGAACCAAAGCUAAAAAGCGGAGCCGCGAGGGGGGGGAGGCAACGAAAUAUGACAGCUCCUGCUUGCAUUGCUUCAGCAAACAGAAAACUCGCAACUGGUCGGCUGACUGGCGAUAAUAUGUGCUGCAGAACCAUCAUCAUCACCACCACCAACACCACGACCACCGCCGCCAUCGACAGCAGCAGCCGCAGCUGCUAAAUCCGGAGGAAAAGUAUUAAAACAAAAACACUGUGCAUAAAACGGCGCGCGACAGGAUGGAGAACGAGUCGUUGCCGAUUCUGCUGAUCACCGCGAACGUGGGAAGCGUGUUCGAAGACCCCUCCAACUUGCUGCACCUAUGGAUCAAAGAGUUUCUCGAUCACAUCGCGGCCCGGCAGCCGGCAUUUAUCGCGCUCCAUCUGCAGGAGGUGGGCGGCAAAACGUACGAAAAGUCCAUGGAGUACGUGCAGGAAUUCAUCAAGCAGCUGUGCGAAUCGGACGAGCUGCAGGGCUACAACCGUAUCCGGGUUUACCUGGACGAGGACUACAACUCGGCGGAACAUUUUACGGCCCUCGGGAACCUGUACUUUGUCCGGAGCACGGUCAGCCACGUGCUGAUGUGGAACUUUCUCACGCACGAGUGGGACUCCGUCGAGGGCAAAAGCAUCCACACCGGCAGUAUCGAAACGGUCGCUACCAAAGAAAAGGCAAAGUUUCCUCAACAAUUCUUCCCCGAGUGCAAAUGGUCGCGCAAAGGGUUUCUUCGUACGCGCUGGUUCCUGAACGGAACCGUCUUUGAUCUGGUUAACAUUCACCUGUUUCACGAUGCGUCCAACCUGGAAGCGUGCGAAGAGUAUCCCUCGGUGUACUGCAAGAGCCGGCGCCGCGCCCUUGUGCACACGCUGGAACGAUUCCACAAAGAUACGGUAAACCGACCAGUGCCAUAUUUUGUUUUCGGUGAUUUUAAUUUUCGCUGCGACACAGAGGGCGUCAUUAAGAAGCUCACCGAAGAUCUCACAAUGCAUCGGGUACAGAACACGAAAAACGACAGUACAAAAGUGCAAUAUCGGGAUGCAACCGGCACGAAUGUGCUGACGGUGGGGAAGAAGGAAUUUUUCCACUGCGAUCAAAGCACGUUCAAGGAAGGCUGGCUGCGUCAGUUCGACCGCGAGCUGGAAUCGCUUCGCAGCAUCCUGUACGAGUUUCCCAUCACGUUCCCACCGUCCUACCCGUACGAGGAGGACCCGUUCCAGCCGGUCUCGUACAUGGCGACCCGCUGCCCCGCCUGGUGCGAUCGAAUACUGGUAAGUCCGGCGGCCCGCAAGCUCGUAUGGGAGCACGGACUGGACGAGGGCAAGCCCGGCGGCGAUGGCGCCAACACUAGCACCGUUAGCUACGGUAUUAUUGGUGCGAACGUCUGCAUGGGUGAUCAUAAGCCGGUUUUUCUCAGCUUUAGAAUCAAGACGAGUCAAGGUAUUGUAGAUAAUUGCUCCUGUGAUACGCAUGUGCCUAGAAAGCUGCGUGUUGAACACCCUAUUUAUCGUAACAGUGCAAGUAUGGAUAGUAGUAGUAAUAAUAACACGAUCGUAGUAAGUCUUAGUAGUUAUGGUAGUGCUGCGGCCGGUGGUGCCAGCCCGUCGCCGGACGCGGCCCGGAUCCGCCAGCUGGCUGCCACCGCGGCCCAGUGUAGCGAUAGCAGCAGCAGCACCAGCAGCAGCACUAGUGCCGCCGCCACCACCAUCAUUCCGUUUGGGCCGCCGCUCGAUGUGGCUGGCGACCGGUUCGCCUACCACCAUCAGCUUCACUACCCGUCCGCUUGUCCCAAAUGUGCCGCCCGCAUCGAGCAGUGCUACGCGCAGAAUCUCCUCGCGCUCGAACCCCCCGGCACCACCGCCACCGUGCCGGCGGCCGUCGCUGCAGACGGCAACGAGCAAUCGGUGUCGUCGGGGGCGGUGGCACCGCCGCCGCCACUUGCCCACCUCGAAACCGGCCAGGCGGCGGGACCGCUCGAAUUACUGUCGCAAGCCUGCUUUCGGUAUCAGCAUCCGCUGGUCAGCAUUAACGUGUUCGACACGGACAGCAACCUUAACGUAUGCAUGUGCGCACUGUACUGUAACGCGGGCGGGGACGCGGGCAAGGGUGUCGCAGCGGCGCGUAACGGAGACGAGAGGGAGCUGGCGGGGGGCGGCAGCCCCACGAUCUGUCCGAACUGUCGCAACAUCAUCAAGCACCAGCCGGUCGAGCACCGGAAAACGCUCAUCUCCCGCCGGAUGAUGCUUGCCAACGACGUGAUCGUGAAUCGCAUCGACACCCACUACCUUAACACGUACUCGAUGCCGCCGGGCGGUGGAGCGGGAGCGUACAGCAAUGGUGCGGGCGGGCAGCAGCAGCAGCAGCAGCAGCAGUUCGAACCGUACACGCCGGAGAGUGCGGAAUCUCACUCGCCCCUGCCGGAGUCGAGCGAUAGCAGCAAAGCCUCGCACAGCACCAUCCCGACGAACGACAGUGACGGGCCGGCGGAAGGGGACGGCCGCCGGGCGGGCUCGAAAUCCGUACCCACCGGCAAGGAACCGGCUGGUGUGGAGCAGAGGGGCGGCGGCUCGAAAUCGGAAACCGAUUUGCCAUACUCGAUCGCACCGGCCAGUGAUGCGAAACGGUCGCAGGCGUCACAGCAGCACCACCAGCAGCAGCAGCAGCAGCAGCAGCAGCAGCAGCAGCAGCAGCAGCAACAGCAGCACAGGGGAGCAAAACUGACCGACGGUGGCAGCUUCGGGGGCGUUUCGCCCCGGCAGCUCAUGUCGCGGCUCGAGAAGCUGAAGCGGCUGGCGGACGAGCGGCGCAAACAGUACGGCGAAUGGACGCGCAGCUUCUCGCAGUCUGACACCAGCGCCAAGCAAACCAAAGCUUCUUGCACCACCACCACCACCACGGAUGCCCCGUCCAACGAUGAACCGGUGCCGACGAUCGAUAGUAGUGCGGCCGAACCGGCAGAGAGUGCGCUGCUGGUACGAUCGGCGAAUAGCAAUAAUCAUGUUAACAGCCACCACCACCGCCACGAAGAGCCAGCUGCUGCUGCUGCUGCUGCCGCUUCUGCUGCGGCGACGGCAAACGUCACUAGCUCGAUUGCAAUACGCAGGGACUCGGUCAUUGCCAACUGCUGUCGCGGCAUGUGCACAAUACUAUAGUGGGGGAGAGGGCAAAAUCGAAUAUUUGAUGAUCGAAUAUUUUAGCGUACAUAUUUAGGCACAACCACCAAAACUACCUUCAAUCGUAACGACAGCAUGCGAGCUUCGUGCAGGCGGCUCAGUUUGACCACUUAUCUUAGGGAUCUUUACUUUUAAUGCGCGACCGAAAAGGGGAACCAAACGAUGGUAGAGGGAUGGACGGGAUGUGUUGGAAGCUGCAGCAGAGUGGAUGCAGAGCGCAGAUGCAGAGUCAUUUCCAUGGAUGGUAUAUUCACCUUUACACAAAUCGCCUGUACACGCCCCAAAGGGGGGGGGGGGGGGGGGGGAGGGGCAACCUUUCGUACUUAUCAUCUCAAGACAGCAGCUACCUCAACUCGGUUGUGCAUAUCUUGUGCGGCAAACUUAAUGGUGCCACUUAAACGCCCCACUAACCCAUCCACUGGCACACUGGCGGAAACGGACGGAGCCGGGAAAAGAAAACAAAAAAAGAAAAAAGAAAAUCAGUGUGGUGUGAUGGGCAAACAACAGCCCCACCCUUCUCCUCCAUGGGAUGUGUUGCUGCUAUAAGAAUGGGUUUAAAAUACCACUACGCACAGCUACUAACACUACUACAAAAAUGCUACUACUGCUAACCAAUACUACCACUAAUCGUUGUUUUUUGUUUGUUUUAAGUAGUUUCCUCGACCCACCCCUUUGCCGCAGUACAAUUCCCGUUUGUAGAAGUUUCCCCAGUAGUGCGGCACCCUUAACCGUUUUGCCGUGUUUUUAUGUGUGUAUGUGUGUGUUAAACAGUUUGCACGGUGUUGUCUGUUUGUUUUUUAUUUAUUUAUUUUCAUAUUAAUUUACAGCGUGGUUACUGUUUUUGAUGCACUUACGGUUAGAACUUAGUCUGUUUUCGUUUGUCAAUAUGAUUGGAUUUAUUGUUCUCCUCUGUAUGAAUGUUGGCAGCCUUCAGCUCAGUUCUGUUUUUCACAUUCUUGUUUGAGACAAAAAGCAAGGUUGUAUUCUGGCUUCUGGGACCAUUUCAGCUGCGUGACUGUCCUUCUUAAGAACGAAAAACUUGUCGCUCACGGGGGUCUAGGAUUUUAUCCGUUCGGAGUGCAGGCAAGGCCUUUGACAGUUAGGCCUCGAAGGCCCUCAGGGGUCUGACCGCUUGCGCCGUUGCAUCCCCUUCUUGCGCUUGGGUGUUGGUUCCGUCUCUGUAGCGAAUCGGGAGCUCAGCAGUACCGAACAAACCCUUCUACAAAUGUUUUGGCAAUCAGGUAGAGUUGCUUACUGAUUGUUCCUGUUUGAUUGUUGGUAGCACAGUAAGGUAGCGCGUUCUAUCAUUCUGGGUAGCUAGGAAUAUUGAUUACCCUGUCCUGAAUCAAAACGAUCCUAAAUCCUGUUCAUUGUGUUCUGAAUGUAAACUAAAACUAACUGUCCCAAUUUCCUACGCUCCUCCUCCUUCCAUUCCAUUCCAAGGCAUUCCAAGCAGUUGUAGAAAGAAACUCUAUCAGGUAUAGAAGAUAUGCCUGCACCAGAUGUCCUCCGUUGCCGUGCGGAAUUUUAAAAAUUCUAUUGGCGACGGUAGAUGGUUUUGAUCAUCAGUUUUACGUCCGUAUGUGAUAUGGCGAGAGGUGGACAGUACACACACGAACAUAAAUACAGUUAUAUUGUUCUUAACUUAAAACGGAUGGUUUAUUACAACGAUGUAUAUGCCGCGCUGCCCCGAUGCGCUUCGUGCAGCAGCCGAACGAUCCAUCCCGACCGAUCGCUCUCAGGCGCUUACGGCUCGUCAACUGCAGUAAGAGCGGCUUACUGCAGAGAGAGCACGCGAGCAGCUGGCUGCAUUCUUUCGUCUAACAAUCAGAUAAGCAGAAGUUUAUAGCUGUAGUGUUUAAUUUCAUUUAAUAUUUUUGAAAAGGUUCACAAUCUAUUGAUCCUUAAGACAUGUUAUUUAUGUUAUGAACCAUCGCCUGGUCGCCUGUUUGGUAUGGCAAUGAUUUUUUUCUGCCGGUCGCGGGUCGAUCCUGUUCUCCCAAUCCUGAAAAAAAACGAGACGAUGCUACGAUCGUCUGCAUACCCCACUCGACGAGCAUUCCGCUCUAUUGCUUGGUGCUCACACGGGGGUGUUCUUCUUCGCGGAUGUGCUCGAGGACAUACAUUAAUCUUACUCGUUCCGAUUGGUCGCCAGGCAAUAGACCCUCAAGCAUUGCCGAGCAUGGCUUCCAGGCUCGAGAUUUGAGACUCCUUUCUUGGGUCAACCUGUAGAGAACUACCGCUUUCCACUCAAAUUAGCUCCCUCUGGAGUUCACUCUGGAGGCUGUACGUCAACCUUGGUUGAAUUCGGCUCCCGACGAAAAAGAUCCUUUCCCCAUUUUCCAUAUGGAUAGCACCCGUUGGAUAGUACAGAUCACUAAAAAAGAAAUCACAUUUGUGUGUCCCGAUUAUCGUGAUCAGCCGACUAUUGUUCCAAUGUAUGCAUAAUGCUAACUUGGGUAUCGCCGUCUAUGCUCUUGGGCUUUAAAAAUGUAUAACGCCGACAAUGUAUACGAACCACAACAAGAAUAUACACAUUCUAUGCUAUCAGUCUUGCGAGUCGUGGAGUUCUUCGUGAACAUUUAGUUGGUGCAAAAAUUGAACCUGAGGAUCCUCAGAGUUUUUUGAAACUAACUUGGUCUACUUAUGACCCAUUUUUGACGAAAGACGUGCUCUUUAGAUAGAACUAGUACUCACCGAAGGCACGGAUGAAAAGGUAGACGUAUGCCAUCAAUGGUCGUCAAUAGUGUUUUUUUGUUGAUGAUAAAAGGUUUUUAUACAGGGGUUUUUUUUUAUAAAGCUAGGGGAUUGGAUAGGAAUGGAAUUUGAUGAGUUUGGAUUGGAUAGGAAGCAGUUCAGCCGAGUGUUGACCAAUAUUGUUUUGUGUCGGUGUUGUCGAUGCUUUACCCACGAUAUCGGUACCGAUAUUGUUGCUGUCGACGAUAUAUAAUUAUGUGAACGACUAUACCAUUUGUAAAAUAACUUUUGUUUUAUUCCAAAGGUGCUUCCGCUUACCUUGAGUAGUUAUUAACAAAUGAUUGCUGACGCGGCUACAUCCAAUUGGUUAUCAAUUGUUGCGUUGGCCGCAAGGUGCGUUCUUUGCUGCGUCAGUGGCCAAUUCGUCUGGUGGUGCCCUGGUCAGCAUUUCCUGUUUGUUGCGAUCGUCCGAUGUUGUGGUGCGCUGAUCAAUUGGUCCGGUGGCCGCUCGUCUUGCUAUCCACGUAACUAUAUGAAAAUGUCAAUGCCACUGGUGUCUCUGCCAUCGGUCUUUGCCUCACUGUAGUUGUUUUGGUGCAAAAGAAUUGCUGUCUGUUUAAGUCGUUCGGAGUCGGGGUCGUCCAGAAUCGGUUGGAGUCGGUGGCUUCCGAAGUCAGCCCGAGUUGACCUUCAGAACAAUAGCCUGUAUACGAAGUUCACGCACAAAAUAAAAGACAAAAAACACAACGAACGGCUGUGUCGACUCCGGACGACUCCGACUCCAAUGACACUAAACGACUCAGGCAACCUCCGACUUCAACCAAUUCCGGACGACUCCGAAUGACCCCCGACGGCUCUGACUCUGAACGACUCCAGACGACUCCAAACGACUCUGAACGACCCCGGAUGACUCCGGGCGGAGACUAUUCGUUCGGAUUUUGCCGGAGCCGGAGUAGGACUAACAAUAGCCGGAGUCGAAUCAGAGUCGUAGGUACGCUCCAUACAGCACAUCACUAGUCGGGACUGUACGGCGGAGUGGGAUAGAACAUGCAACUUCAGUGUUUCCAAACAUUUUUUUUUUAUCGGUGCUGCCACAUGUGGUCGGAGCAUUAUCAAGCAUCAAAAUGAUUGUAUCGUGUCUUUGUGGUACGGGUUCUGAUGGCUCUCAGGUACAGGCACUUUGCAUCUUACUACUAACAAUACUUAACUAACCAAGUAUACUUAAUAUGUUAAGCAAUACGGCCCAUUUUGGAUUGUUCCUUCUGAAUGAGAGAAAAAGUAUACUUAAUAUGUCUGUAAGGAUUGUAAAUACGCGCAACCAGUGAAACUACUGUACAUUGUACAAUUCUUAACAACUGUCUGUUUUGCCUGUGCUUCCCUUUUUAUAACCAAAUCCAUCCUUUUCUCCCUCUUACCUUCUCCUUUUACUAAUGUCCUGUCAUGAUCGCCCGUAUUUAUCGUUCCUCUUCAGUUUGUUCCAUCUCUUUUGUCGAACCUUACGCAAAUACUAAGUAACUUAUUGCAACCUCGAAGCGUCCUGGGCUCGGUCCAGCACUCGCUUCCGCGCGUUGCCCAUGUGACAUACUACUAGACCUAGUGCAUACGAAUAAAAGAGAGAAAAAACGGGUUAUUAAAUUACUCGUCCCCCUUUUGCCACAGCUCGCAGUACUUAACCACGCACUUAACCUCACUAACUGCCUCGACUAACUAAAUCCAUUGACCAGCGCGAAUCUACAGUGCCACUGAGGAAAAACAAAAUCACCAUCCAUGCGAUAAUGCUUUGAGUCUUUGUUUUUGUUUUUUUUUUUGUUCUGCCUCUCUUCCACCGGGGCUCGCGGGUUCGCCUGGCUUCGCAGGAAUGAAGCAGAGAGUGCAUUUAUUUAUUCCAUUUAGACACUUAAUUCACUAUUGCAAAAGCUCACACGGUUGUCGUGCACACAUCUUCUGCGGCACAGGGGUUUUCAAUAGAUUCGUCGCGCCACUGCUGCUGGGGUCCAUUAGAUAAUUUAGCGGCGGCGCAAAUACGGUACACGGUAACGGUCGUUAUCGGUGAUAUUAGGCAUUUCGAAGCAAAAGCGGCCCAACCCUUCCACCACCCCUUUCUCUCACAUACCAGUGAUUCCAGUGUGUGUGUGUGUUGCCAUUUUGUGCAGGGGAAUUUUUAUGUAACACAACAUGUGGUUCAGGUUCAGCCAAACACAGGAGGUGUGAGCACAAUGAGUAGUAGACAGUAGAGCACUUAUUUAUCUUUGCAGCCGUGCAGCAGCAGGGGUUCAGUCAGUAGGGGUUUUUGUUUUAAAUGUGUAGGUAAGAUGCUGUCUCCUCACAGCUCAGUCAGUAGUAGCCUAAGCAAUUGCAUAAGUCCUUCAACGGGGAGCCCUAAAAAGCCUUUCUCAAAUACACGUUGUCGUCAAGAAAGGA